AUGGAGGUGCCCAUAUUCUCCUCAAAAUUUUGCGAGGGAUUACACUCACGGCUUGGUGAAAGCCCAUUUCUACAGUUACCGCUUGACACAGUUCGGGAUCAGCGGAUAUUUGUGUACAAGUACAUGAAUGAUGACUUUUUGAGCCUUGUUAGAAAGCAAAUACUCAUGAAAGCCAGGAAGCAGAUUCUAAAAGCCAAUAUCAAAUCUGACAAUAUCAUGAUCAAUUACCGCGGUACUGGUACAGAGACCAUUAUUGAGCAGGUUCAGAUCAUUGACCUUGAAAACUCAGCUUAUCUCCCUAAAGAGAGGUGUAUCAUAGGGAUCAAGCCAUCUGACAUCUUCUCAUUUACAGCUGUGGCAACGUCAGGUUUCUUUUUGGGGGAUCGACAAGAAUUGAACGGGCUCAUGACACACCUUGGUGAUGAGGGAGUCAACUGCGAGGUCCUUGGAUAUCUUUGGGAUGAUCGGGUGGUAGACUAUCGUUGCUACAAGUCAUUCUCAGAGUGGCCGAAUGUUUAUGACGACAAGUUCGAGAAUCUCAUCCAUAGAAUGACGAAUUUGGAUCUUCAAAAACGGGCAACAGCGCGCGAAAUGUUGGAGCACCCCUGA